AUGGCUCUCACCGACGAGGACGAGGAGACCUUGGGGAAAAUCCUGGCCUCCUUGGAGCGGGGCGCGUCGUACGACAGCCGCGACGCGAGAGCGAGCGCUGCCGCGCUGCCGCGCUUCGGCGCGGUCGACGCGAGCGGCGACGGCUCGAGCUCGAGCUCGGCGUCCGUGCGGCGGCGGAGCAGCCUCCGCUCGCAGAACUCGCUGGAUUCCGUGACGUCGGCGUUGGAGAAGCUGGUGGCAGGCUUUGAGAGUGAGUCCCAAGGAACACUCAGCGAAUCCUUCACCAAGGCUCUCCAAAACACGGAGGCGGUGGUCGGCUUGCGCGAGGAGCUUCAGUCUUCCGAAGAAGCUCUCCAGGAGGCCAAGGCUCAAUCCGAAGCUUUGGCUUCAGUGCAGCUGGAGGCAGAGCGCUUGGAAGAACUUGCUACCGAGCGCCAGGCAGAGCGCCAGGUGUUGAAGCACGAACUUGCUGCGCUGCAAGAAGCAUUGAAGUCUUCCGAAGAUGCUGUUCACCUUCGGGAUUUGAAGCACGCCGAAGUGCUGCAGCGUUCCGAGACGGUGGAGGCGGGCUUGAGGGAGGCUCUCCACCAAAGCGAGCAGGCCCUGGCCCUGGCCGAGCAGCGGAACGUGCAGCCGAUGUCGCCGAUGUCUCCUGAUUCGACCGGCACGUGGCGCGUGGCGAGUGGGGUGGGGAAGAAGAACAAGAUGACGACCCCACGGCCCGACGAUGGCGAUGUGCUCGAGACACGCGAGACACGCGAGGUGCUACGCACGCUCGAGGCUCUAAGAACAGAAGAAGCCAAGAGUGAGAUGCUGGCGAAAGAGAAGCAAUGUCUUCAAGAGGAGCUGAGGACUUCUGAGAAAGCUUUUUGCGAGAAAGAAAGCAACUGCAUGCAAAUCUCGCGGCAUUUAGAGGUAUUGGAUGCCAGCUUGAAAGAAGCCCAACAAAGGACAGAGGAUGCUGAUAAGAGGCUAGCGGCAGAACAAGCAUCAUUUGAGGAAAAGCUCAGCUUGUUGCAAGAAGAGCUGAGGUCAUCCGAAGACGCUCUUUGUGAAGAAGCAUCCCAUCGAGCUCAAAUUGUGAAGAGCUCAGAGGACUUGGAGGCCAGAUUGAAAGAGACUCUCGAAAGAAAAGAUGAGGGCAACAACGAACAAGAUGCAGAACAGUCGCAAGCACUGCACGCUAGCCUGCAAGAGGCUCUGCAAAGAACAGAGGAUUCUGACAAGAGGCUAGUUGCAGAACAAACAUCAUUUGAGGAGAAGCUCGGCUUGUUGCAAGAAGAGCUGAGAUCUGCCGAAGAAGCUCUUCGUCAGGAAGAAUCUAAGCGUGCGCAAGUUGACAAGAGCUCAGAGGAUUCGGAGGCCAGCGCGAAAGAGACUCUCGAAAGAACAGAUGAGGGCAACAACAAACGAGAUGGAGAGUGGUCGGAGUUGGAAACACUACAUACUAGCCUGCAAGAGGCUCUGCAAAGAACAGAGGAUGCUGACAAGAGGCUAGUUGCAGAACAAACAUCAUUUGAGGAAAAGCUCAGGUUGUUGCAAGAAGAGCUGAGGUCAUCCGAAGACGCUCUUUGUGAAGAAGCAUCCCAUCGAGCUCAAGUUGUGAAGAGCUCAGAGGACUUGGAGGCCAGAUUGAAAGAGACUCUACAAGGAAAGGAGGAUGCUGAGAAGAGUCUGGCAGUAGAGUGCUCGGCUUUUGAGGAGGAGGUCAGUGCAAAGUGGAAGUUGCAAGAGCAGCUGCAGCAGGAGCAGAGCUUGAAAGAGCAACAUCGCUUGGAAGGUCUGAAGCUGUCAGCGCGACAGGAGGAGCUGGAGAAGACGGAGGAGAUGCAAAGCAGAAGAGGUGUGGAAAGAGAGAAGAAGAUCUCGGAAUUGGAAGCAACGCUGCAAGCAAAAGGUGAACGUUGCCUCCAAACAGAGCAGGAGCUCCACGAAUCGGCUCGUGAGCUACAAGAAGCAGCAGAAUCUUGGCAGAGCUCGAGGCGUGAAUGCUCGGAAAGAGAGGCCCAAUCAGAAGCCAAAGCAGGCGAGCUAUGGUCGGAAAUGGGCGAAUUGCGACGUGAGCUGAAGGCCGAGCAGCUGAAAUGGCAGGGGGAGCAGAGGGCUUACCAGGACCAAGCUGAGCGGCAGAGGCAUCAACUUUCCGUGUGUGAGGCUUCGAUGCAGCAGGAGAUGCAGAGAAGAGAAGAUCAAGUGGAGGUUAGCCAGGCGCAGUUUCGACAGCUUCGCGAACAGUGGCGUUCUGAACGCUGCUCCUUGCGCGGGCAGCUUCGACAUGCCUCUGAAGAGCUUCGGGAGAGUUGCGCCAGGCUGUGUGCCCUUCAGGAGCAGCUCGCUUCCGAAGAAGCUCAGCUCGCUGAGAUGCAGAGCAAGUUUCAGCAUAUCAGUCAGACCUGCGAGGCUCAGGAUCAGAUGCUGAGUGGCGGCUUGCGUCGUGCCCUCGAGGAACAAGGACAAGCUGCCCUCGCAUAUCAUCAGAAAUUCCAAGCUAAAGAGCGCCAACAGCAGGAGAUCCAAUCGAGAAGGCAAAAAGAAUGGAUGCAGUUGAAGUUGGUUGAAGAGCAGCAAGUGAAGCAGCUGAAAUUGCAGCUGCAGCACAGUGAGAAGGCUUGCAGAAUGAGAGAAGAGGAGCUGGAGCAACAGGAGGAGCAGAGAAGAAACUUUGAAGAAGAAGUCUUGCAACAUCGCUUGCUGUGUGACCAACGAAUGGAGGAAUGUGAGGAGGGCCUGCAACUUGAGAUGGCUCAAGUGCGAGAACAGACAUUGAUCGAAGCCAGACGGCGACAAGAAUUUGCAGCAGAGAAGCAAGAACUCUUGAACGAGCUGGCGGUCGUUCGAAGUACCGUUGAGGCGCAACAGCGAAGAGAAGAGAAACAUCAGGAAGCUUGGGAGGCACAACAGGCUCUUCAUGAAAGUCUGAUAAGUCGUUACGAGAAGGCCUUCGCCUCAAUGAAGAGGAAGUUCCAGCGUGAUAAGGCCCAUCUUCAAGCACGCCACGAGAAAGAGAGUGAGGAGUCGGCGGCCGAUUGGCUGCAGCUGCAUUCGCUCAUCAAGCCUUUGAUUUGUGACCAAGAGGCCGCGGCCCAGCUGGUGACACGAGAGGUGGCGGCGCAGACCGGCCGAGUCCUUUUUCAGCGUUUCUGUGACAUGAAAGCUGAGAUGAAAGAGCUUCAGAUUGAAGAACUCAGUUCCCAACGUACCGUGGUCCGCGAGAGCAAGAAGUUGCUCCCUGGCGAGGGAAUUGGCACUGGUGCUGCAAGCUUCGGGGAGAAAGAUGCUGGCAAAAGCCGAGGUUGUUGUUUGACAUACCUGGAUCUCGCGAUGCCCCACGUCCAAGUGGGAGAUCCUUCGAAUUCUGCACAGUCAAGCCUCCUCUCGCGUCAAUGCGAAAGCUGA